UCUUGGAACUUACCAAAAAUAUGUUUCAUUGUUGUCCUAGUUUCAAUUCCUUUUAUGCAAUUAGUAGCUGCUACCAAAAAAAAAAUCUCUCUCUUAUGCAGCUCUCUGGCUGAUAUAAUGUUCAUGUUUCUGUUUGCACAAUGUUUUUUUUUUAUUUGUAAUGUUGUUUUCUAUAUUAACUCUUUUGAUUUGGAUAACAUAUAUUUCUAUAAGCAAACCAGGAAACAUAUUUAACUUUUUUUGUCCUAAUUUGUUCACAAGAACAGCUAUUGAAAGCCUUUUCUUUUUCAUGCAACCUUCCAAGGCAAUGCUGUCAAAGACACCCAUUUUCUAUUCUAUGGGAGAGGGUUCUCCUGUCUUGGCUUUAGGAAUGUCAUUGCUUUAUCCAUUACUGCGCAUCCAUGCUCAAGGAUAAUCUAUUCCACGUUGCCAACUGCAGUAGAAAAUUUUCAUAGUAAUUGCGGAAUAGUUUGGUAAAAUCAUUGUAUGCAGAAUUAGUCUGCCUAUACGCAUUGUUUUCUCAGUGUCUUGAGGAUAAAGCUGGCAUUUGGCAUACAAAAUAAAGUAGUGUGCAACUGCUUGGUGCUAUGGCAUACUGUGCUCCUCGGCAACUGUCCCAAUGCCUCCCAAAGAUUGUGCCGAAACUUACCGAGAUUUUGAUGGGUAAACAUCCAGAAGUCCAGUCAGCAGGGCAGACGGCUCUUCAGCAGUGUUAUUGGAUACCCAGAAAUAUCUUCUGUCUUUUCCACUCUUCUGGAGGGUCUUACAGAUCCAAUGAGUAUACAAAAUAUUCUCUGGAUGUUCUCCUCCUCCAAGUCUUCUCAUCAACAUGUUCUGGUGUUAUUAAAUACGCUGCUAUAUGAUGAGAUAUGCAAUGUGCAUUAGUGCAUAGUAGGUUGUACACCCAUUCGAUGUUCAGAGCCUUAGACGAAAGGGGAGUUAAGUAUG